AUGAAUAACAACGAUAGAAGUACAAAAAUUAGGAAGCUAACGAGUAUAGCACAACUAUGGGGCAUUAAUGGCAGUCUGACAAUAAAUGAAAUUGGUUUGCAGUUAGUUGACAGGUCUUCAAUACAUCCUGUACGGAAAAAUCUUUUAGAAGCAUUCCAUCUCUUGUACCAGCUGAAGAUGCCCAAUGAGAUUUAUCCGUUGGGCAUUAUCGAGAAAAUCAUCACUUGUUUAACUCUAUCGCUUACACAUGAAUACAAACUUGAAGCACUGAAAAUACUCAUGUUAAUAGCUCAGGAGGAAAGAGGUUUACGCAAUAUACUGAGAUUGCAAGGUUGUGAGGCAACAAUGAAUCUACUGUUUGAAGCUGAAGAAGUUCUUAAACCGCAUUGUUUAAGUUUAUUGAUCAGGAUUUCAGAAUCUUUGAGGGGAAGAAUCACUAUUCUUGAAUAUACCAAUUCUUCUCAUCAACUCCUCUUACUGCUACAAAAAUCAAAAAAGUUUAGUAAUUUAACACUUCAGCUUAUAACUAACUUACUGGGAAUACCUACGGCUAGAAAAAUGUUUAAUGUUCCAAAAUUUAUUACUUAUCUAUCAACAAGAUCAGAUGAUGCCGAGUUAAAUUUGCGCAAGCAGUUGGUAUUAUGGCUAGUGAACUUACCAACACAAAAUUUAGUUGAUCAUCUGGCUUCUCAAUCUGGUUUGCAUAAUCAAAAUUGGAAUGUUAAUACACGUGAAGUGAGCACUAACCAAUCGCACGACAGCUGA